UAUAUACAAUGAGUGGAAAAUUAUAAAGGAUCUUUUGUAUCUAUCGAGCCCAUUCAAAAUUCGUCAAACAACUGUUCAAAUAAAUAUCGAAGUUGAAAUUUUUAAUUCGACGUAUUGACACUUAAAAUUGGUUUGCAAUUAUAAAUUCAAACUCAAACUGUUAGCAACUUUGAAGUGUAUCGGUUCGCUUUAGUAAUAGAUUAAAAAUGGUCGCAAUUUCAAUUAAAAGAGGAAAAGCUCUAUCGGCAUAUUCUCAGCAAUCAUUUAAGCAGUUCCACUUUGCCAUGCUGGUUUUAGUUAUGUUUACCAUCGCGUUAAUUUAUUCAUUUUAUGAUCCGAUGAAGCCAGCUAUUUUGCAGUGCUACAUAGAUAAAUUGAGUGGGUCAAAAAUUCCAGAACACUUACAACGUUUAGAUGAUGUCCUAUUAGCUGAACGACAACCAACGCCAGGACGUACAAUAUUCUUUUUAGAAACAAGUUGUCCCAAUCCCAAAAUGCAGACACAACCCAUAGGUUUAACAGUCAGACAGGCUUGUGCAAUUGAAUCAGCUGCCUUGCAUAACCCUAGUUAUGAUGUGUUUCUAUUGUAUGCUAGCCCACGCUAUAUGGACAAAAAAGCCGAGUAUCCAAUAUUGGACGCUAUACUUUCCUAUCCUAAUGUGCAUAUGCGUAAUGCCGAUUUAUGGGCUUUUACGAAGGAUUCUCCAGUGGAAAAGUGGUUUAAUGGUGCUGAACUAUUUAAAUCAAUAUAUUUAACAGCUCACCUCUCCGAUUUUUUUCGUCUUUUAACGUUAUGGCAUUUCGGUGGCACUUAUCUUGAUAUGGACACUUUAACAUUGAGAAGCAUGGAAUCGAUGCCAUUAAAUUUCGUUGGACUGGAAACAAAUAUAAGCAUUAAUAACGCUGUCCUCAAUGUUUCACCGAUUGGCUAUGGACAUGAAAUAGCCCAUAAAUGGUUAUUAGAAUUUCAAAGAAAUUUCAGCGGAACUUUGUGGCCGCAUAAUGGUCCAGGUGUCAUAACGAAAGUUAUGAGAAGAGCUUGUUGCACUAGAAAGGUUUUGGAACUUGAAAAUAAUCCUGAUUGCUGUAAUGGUUUUCAUGUCUAUGAUAAGAAUGCUUUUUAUGCCAUUAAUUGGAUGGAAUUGCAAAACUUUUUUGAAGAAAAAUAUUUGGAUUCAAUGUUAGAAAAAACAAAUACAUCAUAUCUCAUACAUUUGUGGAAUAUUGUUUCCAAAUUCAAAACUUUAAAAACAGAAUCGGAAGCACCAUACACGGUGUUAGCACGAGUAAAUUGUCCUAAAGCCUAUGCCGCAGCUGGAGAAUAUUUUUAA